CAUUGACUUUUCCUCCUAAGAAAGGAAACUUGCAAACUUUUGGUGAUUGACGAAUGUUUGCGGUUGCAGACGCAGCUGAAGGAUGGAGGCGAGUAUUGAAGGAGCCGGUGCGGCCGCGAUGGAGGUGGGGAGGUGUGCCGAGCAUGGGAAGAAGCUGGCGUACUUCUGCAAACGGGAGAAACUGAGAGUUUGCAGCAAAUGUGUGAUCCUGGGAUCGCACCAAGGGCACACUGUGGUGCCAGUGGAAGAGGCAUUAAGCGAACUUAAGGAAUUGCUGUCUGCAUGCUCAAAGGAGUUGGAAUCCAAGAGCUUGGAGCAGAGUUCAAGACUGGAGGAGAUUGAUCAAAACGUGACAACAACCAAGGAAGAGGUUGAGGCACUCCAGCGCCAGGUGGGAGAUGAUUUUGAUGCUUUGCGGAGUUUCCUGGAUGCAGAAGAGAAGGCUCUGAAGGAGCAGAUAGCCGCCGAGGCACAGGACACCUUGCAAGAACUGAGCAGGUUGAAGAUGGAAUGCUUGCAGAGAGUGGAAAGUCUGAGGACACUGGCUGAGCCCCUCCACUCAGCGCUGCAGACCGACAACCUGAGUGAAGUCUUGAAGGUGCUGAACAUUUCCUCUGAUGGGUGA